AAGCGAGAAGUUCGUAAAGAGAAGCUCAGUGAAAAAAUAUGUACACACGAAUCAAGACCUAUCCCAAAAAAUGUUAGUGGAAUUGAUAAUUGGUGUAUUGUGUGUCAUUGGUUAUUUUUACAUACGAUUGAAAAUCAAAUGGAAGUUUUGGAAGAACCACAAUGUCCCUUUUCAUCAGCCCGAAUUUCCUUUCGGGUCAUCGCCACUGUUCGGUUGGAAUUCUUUCACCCAAAAAACAAAUAUGAACCAGCUGGCUAAAGAUCAAGGAAUUGGCCUUGGUUUUCCCAAGUUCUACGGUAAUUACAUAUUCGGCGCUCCAAAUAUGAUCGUUUGCGAUCCCGAAUUGGCCAAACAAAUCAUGGUCAAAGAUUUCGAUCACUUUGUUAACCGCCAAGGGGAGGAUUUUGUCAAAAUAUUGGAGGGUGGACAUUUUGUGGACACAAUUUGGGCAAAUCAGAUGACAUCCUUGCAAGGGGACAAGUGGAAGAACACACGAGCUACAUUUACACCCAUUUUCACCGCUGGUAAACUCAAAGGAAUGAUCAAGUUCAUCCACGAAGUCACCAAUGAUCUGGUCAAGAGUGUGGGUGAAGAGGCCAAAAGUGGGAGAUCAUUUGAAUUGAAAGAAAAGUUCGGAAAGUUCAGCAUGGACACUAUUGCCACUUGUGCCUUUGGCGUGAAAUCAAAUUCUUUCCAAGACGAGAGUUCAACCUUUGCCAUGAACGCAAGGGCAGUUUUUCGGAACUCAAGGGCGGAUAUUUGUCGAAUUUUGAUGGCUUUUGUUCCUGGUGGUAAAGGCCUUUUAAAUAUGUUUGACAUUCCAAUUAAUAAAAAACAUGUCACGACCUUCUUCUACGACAUCAUAAAAGGAACGAUCGAGCAUCGAAUCAAGACCAAAACAAGACGGAACGACCUUGUGGAUUUGAUGAUUGAUGCCAUGAAAGACGAAAUUUCCAUUGAACAUGACAAUGGCAUGGAGAGUCAAUAUGACCGAGAUUCUAAGUUGAAUCACAAAGUGGCGGAUAAGGAAGUGGACGAGAUCACAUUGGUGGCGACAGCUUUGGUCAUUUUGGUGGCCGGUUAUGACACAACGGCUCAAACAAUGGCAAUCACCAGUUAUUUCUUGGCUAGAUAUCCAGACAUCCAAGAAAAAUUAUACCAGGAGAUCAUGGAGUGUGCAAGCGGAAUGGAAGAUGAAAGUGGUCACCCUGACUAUAACAUGAUCCAAAGCUUGCCUUAUCUGGACAUGGUCCUUCACGAAACGUUAAGAAUCAAUCCUGCUCUCGGCCUGAUAACCAGGGCUUGCACCAAGGAUUAUAUUAUUCCAGGCACUGACAUUCCUCUGACAAAAGGGAACGAAGUCCACAUAAAUGUAAUGGCUAUUCAUUCAAAUCCUGAUAUCUACCCAGACCCUGAGAAGUAUGACCCCGAACGUUUUACAAAAGAGGCCAAAGCCGAGCGACAUCCCUAUGCCUUUCUUGGAUUUGGUCAAGGACCUAGGAAUUGCAUUGGUAUGAGAUUUGCGCUCUUGGAAGCCAAACUGGGGCUUUUUGCAGUUUUGAGGAAGUACAAAUUUGUGGCCACCCCUGAAACAGUGGAUAAGUUCACCCUGGAUCCAAGCGGUUUUCUUUCAGCACCGAGGGAAGCAUUGCUCGUUAAGGUUGAGGAUCGUUGAAGAAGAAGAUGCUUAGUUUAUGAACUAUGAGUAUGUAAAUUUGAACCGUCGCAUAAAAUUGGCUAAUGUUGGCAAAACGACCCUCCCGUCCCCAAUUCCUAUGAAAAAUUCAUCAAUAUAUGUGAAUGAGUAACAAAUCAAAAAGAUCCAAUAUCCAAUUUUUGCUUGAAAACUUACAGAGUAUCGGCUCUCAUUACAAUAAAAAUACUUCCUUGUUUGAUUGCAGGGCGA